AAAAUCGAAAUCUCGCGAUAACAUACCUAAGCGCGUCUGCUGUCACUGUCACUUGAGGCUUGGGAGAGGAGUAGGAGAGCGCCGGGGAUAAGAACCGCAUUGAGGAUGUCUUUGAGUGAAGAGGGGUAUGUGGUCCGGAUCAGAGGACUGCCUUGGUCCUGCACACAAGAGGAGGUGGCCAGUUUCUUCUCUGACUGUGACAUCAUGGGGAAAAUAAAUGGAGUGUGUUUCACCUACUCUAAAGAAGGCCGACCCAGCGGCGAGGCAUUUCUUGAGUUGAAAACAGCAGAGGACUUCAAGAAUGCUCUCGCCAAGGACCGUAAAUAUAUGGGACAUAGAUACAUAGAAGUUUUCAAGUCCAACCGCAGUGAGAUGGACUGGGUACUGAAACGAAAUGGUCCUGCUGACUAUGACAGCUGCAGCGGCUGCAUGCUGAGGUUAAGAGGACUGCCCUUUGGCUGCAGCAAGGAGGAAAUUGUCCAGUUUUUCUCAGGGUUGAGAAUCGUGCCAAAUGGGAUAACUCUUCCAGUGGACUACCAGGGGCGGAGCACAGGGGAAGCCUUCGUGCAGUUUGCCUCAAAGGAGAUAGCAGAAAAGGCUCUGGGGAAACACAAGGAAAGAAUAGGGCACAGGUACAUAGAGAUUUUUAAAAGCAGUCGUAAUGAGAUCCGAGCCUACUACGAUGUUCCCCGGCGGGGACUGGGGGGCCAGAGACCCGGUCCCUAUGACAGACCAAUGAUGUCGGGGCCCAGAGGAGGAUACUAUGGGCCAGGAUCUGCCCGCAGUGGAGUUCUGAUGGACAAUAUAAGGACUGGAGGAGGUUAUGGAGGAGGUUACAGUAACUUUGACAACUACAAUGGUUUCAACAACUACUGCUUUGGGAAUGGGAUGUAUGAUGAGCGAGUUAGAGGAGAGAGGACAGGAAGAGGAAUGGGUAGCCAUGGUUAUGGGGGCCAGGUUGAAGGGGGCUCAGGUUAUCACAACGGUCAUUUUGUCCAUAUGAGAGGAUUGCCUUUCCGGGCUUCAGAAGGAGACGUGGCCAAGUUUUUCUCCCCUUUAAUUCCACUGCGGGUUCACAUUGACGUGGCUCCUAACGGCAAGUCGACCGGAGAGGCAGACGUCGAGUUCCGCUCUCAUGAAGAUGCAGUGGCAGCCAUGUCCAAAGACAAAAACCACAUGCAGCAUCGCUAUAUUGAACUGUUCCUAAACUCUACAGCCAGUGGAGCUCAAACUAGUCGCAGUGAACGUUACUACGGUAGCACAGGAGGCUCACGCAGCAGUGGACUGCGAGGUGCAUACUGAAGACCUCAUCCCUCAUCCGAUCCAUUCUGGUGUUUGUUAGCACCUUUUGAGGCUACAUUUACUCAGUUAAUUCCAAACAGGAAAACUAAAGGAAAGCUAUUAUUUGUUUUUGUUUUUCAAUUGCUGGUUUUCUUUCAAACCUCACCCACCACAGGCUUAUCAGAUGUAUCAGCAGCAGCUCCAUUUCCACACUACACCUGAAAGACUAGACAAACAAAUUUGCCUCAUUCAUUUAGAAGCUUGGAGCCAAGUAAUUGAAUAGUCUUUUCUUAUCAUUUAAGACAUUGUACAACCAUUUUUCUCAAGUCAAAAUUCAGAUUUUUUUUAAACAAGCUAUUAAGAAAAACAGUUUUUUUUCUUUAAGUAACAUGGAUUUGUGAAAUGCUCAACUUAACAGAAGGCAUUGCUUGCAUGCACAACAAAAACAUUUAUUGUAUGGUGCUGUAAAACCAGAACGGAGUGUAGUAAACUGGAAUCUGGUUGUUUAAUAGCUGAGGAAGACAUGGGGAGAUGAAGAAUUACAAGUUUUUUCUCCUUACAGGACUUUACUUUUAUUGGUAUGAUGUAGUUUUAAGGUUUACCGAACAUAAAGAUUUGAAUUGAAUUUCAGAUCAGCUUUCCUUGUUUGAAAGGUUUUAUAAAUGUGAGCCUGUGUGGUGUGUAUGUUGGGGUUUUUUAUCAAUGUUUUCACUCUUCAUUACAGAUUUUAAGUUUAUUUCAAAAGAAAGUUCCACGUUUAAUGAGUGGAAGUUAAAUUUCUAUAUUUGAGCUGUAAGAUUGUUUAUGCAGCUGUUGUACAUUUUGCCUAAUAAAUUUUAUAUUCAA